AUUGCAUUUCAAAAAACGAUAUUCACAUUGUUGACACAACCCUCCCGAGCAAGCAGAUGAGUGGCUUGGUUACUCUCAUUAGUAGCAACGGAGGAUCCUAAGCUGGAGCUGAAUCUUCCAAUUUCUUAGUCGAAAUAUCAAGCUGCGAAGGAAACCAGGUUGGGAGAUGAAUCAUUAACGACUUUACAGAGGAGCUCCGAGUCAGAUUCCUAUCGGAAAUUCCCGGAAACCAGGUCGGUGACACAUCUUUUAUUGCGGCAGCCGAAGAAUUGCCCCUCCCGGCUCCAUCAGAAAAAACUGCAUCCGCAUUGAUUCCGCACCAACCCACCAAGUCUGUAGUUUUACAUUUCCAAAUAUUGGCCGGGUAUAGCUUAUUCUACUACUCCACACUAGGGAACAAACAUCCAUGACCCAUCAACAAUGAAGAAGCUGAAGGGUUCAGACCUCUCAACAAUCUGCACAUAACUCUACUGAACGUGAAGGGGAAGUGCAGAAAAUAGAAGGCAUGGCUCAAAACCUCAAAAUAAGACUGCAGCAACUUGAAGCAGACUACAUUAGAGUUAGAAGAUGGAGAGCAUGGAAGCUAGCUCCAAUUGCAAAUCAGAUCUCCACCAUCUCUGGAAUGGCAACAGAAGAAGCCUUCUCAAUUAAUUGGUUAGGUACUUCUGAUGUCUCUCUAUGUGUGACCUUAUAUAAGAUCAAUCAAGUUUACAUAGCCAAAAAGAAUUGUCUACAAGGAGAGGAGAAGGCACCAGCAGACUUCUCUUGCUCUGAUGAUGAGGAUGACGAUGAUCAUCAUCAUGAUGAUUACAAAGGCAAAAGGAAGAUGAUCAUAGUAUCUGAUGACGAAGAUGAUGAGGAAGCCGUAAAUCUCAGGAACGCAAUUAAAAUCUCUAAGAUUGAUCUUUUCAGAGGAGCAAGGGGUACCUCCAAUCAACUGCAGCAAGAAGAGGCAUCUACAUCCAAGCUACUUCAAUAUAAAGACUAUUCUGUCACUAUACAACUAGAUGAUCAGGCAGCAGAAUCAGAGGAAAAAGCAGGAGGGUCACAAGCAACCAGUCCAAUUCUAGAUGAGCAUCCAGCUUGUCUCCAGCCCUGUGCAUUGAAAGAGGAGCUGCUUCAAGAAAUAAGAGCGUGUGAAAAGAGAAUGCUCACACACGCAGCUGCCCAACAAGAAGCUAGUCAAAAUGCUCUACUGGGAAGCCUUAUAAAUAUUGAUCAACUUCUACAACAAGUAAAAUCUCAACAGGAGGCAGCAGCAACAACCCAAAAGCUACAAGAGGAGCACUUACUUCAACUUCAACAGAUUUAUAAAGAGAAGAUGCUUCCCAAAUUUAAAACCAUAGAUGCUGCGAUGAUAAAGGGGAUGAUUUGGCUAGCUGGGCAAUUCUAUGAUGCCCAUCAAGGACGUCAAAUGCCAGCAAAGCUUUCUAGGGAAUACCAACAGCACCUUGAUGCAGGCAACAUCACUAACAUGAACAACCGGUUAGCAGAGCUCAAUGAAGCAAGAAGAAGAGCUAGAGAGGCUAAGAUGUCUCUGCAGCAGCCUCCUGCAGCACAGCAGCCCACUCCACAAAUGCCUCCAACUCAUGAGCCCCAGCCAGAACCUCAAAAUCAGCUAUCCACUCAGGCUCUAUCCCAACUUCAAGAUGCAUAUACCAAACUGGAGAGACAACUAAAAGAGGAUACUCUGCGGCUUUCCCAUGGUCUCCGAUUAAUGAAGCAAACACAUGAUGAAGACACAGAAAAGCUUCACAAGACACACCAGGGCAUGCAAAAUGUGAUAGAGCUUCUAUAUGCCAGCUCUAAAGAUGCCUUCAUUCAACAAACAAAUGCAAUCAGCGACCUCGCCAAAACAGUUGACAAAACCUCCAUCAAGCUCAGCUCUAAAGAGGAAGACAUCAUCAGCCUCAGAAAUGAGUUAACUGAGCUCCAGAACAGGGUUGCAAUUAUUGCAACAGAAGUCACUCCCAAUGAUGCCAAAAAGAGGGAAGCAAUACAAAAAGCAGCACGUAAACUCAAUGGACAUCCUCAAGUUUGACAUUUCCGAGAGAAUAUCUAGUCAAAAGUUAUAUGAAGAAACACACUACUCAUCCUAUUUCGUGUACAAAUUAUCACCGAAGCAUGGCUAGUUCAACGCCAACUCAUUCAGGGGAGUGUCUAGAUUUAUUUACAAUGAGGGUAGAGAUGUGGCUGAAGUAGAGCUUCACACAUUUUUUUCAUGAAGGCGGUGACAGCGUUUGGCCUUAUAGUGUUUCUAUAUAUUACGGAUGGAUGGAGGUGGUCAGGUGGAAAUUGGAACCUUUUUCAACAUUGGAGGGAAUCACGGGUUUUCCAUUAUUUGCAAUGGAGCAAAAGAUUCAUUAUUUUUUGGCUUGAGAUUAUGAUGGAAUAAAGCAUAAUGGCUCACUAAACUGUCUGCGCUUCUUUGUUAUGAAGCAUCAGUCAGUCCAUGCAAUUUUGGACGGGAUUUUCACUAUGGGUCAUCCGGAAACAGUCUCUCUGUGCUUUAGUACAGGGGUCAGACUGCGUACAUCCGACCCCCCUUACCCCACUGUAGGUGGGAGUCUUUACAGCACUGGGGUAAAUGAAAAUGAAUGAAAAUGAUGAGGGAAUCACGGGUUUAGUAUUAUUCUUCAAUUCGGCCUAUUCCUCGGUGUGAGGGCUUGAAUUUCGACCUGAAACUAUUUUUGGAGGUAUGAGCAAUUGGGGAUUUCUUGAAGAAUUCUUAGAAGAAAAAGUGAACUUCUAGCUAGAGAAGUGAGAACAAUGUCUAUAGCUAGUGAUGUGAAGUGUAUAUUCAUGACGGGGGUGUAUGGGUGUAUCAACUAUCAGGACAUGUUGAUAUUGCAUUCUAGUAAUGUCAUAUUGUGUAAAUGUGUAACUUCAUUAUGCUCAUCAUUUUAGUGUAAUGAUAUUUGACAUAUAAGCUAUGAUUUCCCGAAGUUGAUAUGGUAAUU